UUCUUUUUUGCAUUCUAUGUUCAGUAAUAUAAUGUAGACUGUAACUAGUAGAGUAGAUAUUAGCAAUGUUUUAACCUAUUGUCUUGUAUCUAGUUCAGAAUUAUUAUUUUUUUAAUUAAAGUCAAUCAAAGCAUCCAUCAAAGUUUUCUCUUUUGACAGAGAACGAACGAUUCUCAGUGUAAACGAGAGGGGGCGGCAGCGCGCCUCAUACGAGAAAGGGAAGUAAAGAAGAAGUAAACGGUGGAUGCUUAAUUACAGCUAGCUACCCGGCUUAAUAUUUGUCCAAGUAAAUAUGACCAAAUAAGCAUAAAUUAAACGAAUUAAGGAUUAAAACAGAAACUCCGAGCAGCUCGAAUAACGCAGAGGGCAUAGUUCGGAGGAUGUAUGCUGUGUACAGGCAGGCCCACACCCCCACCGCCGUGGAGUUCUCCGUUUACUGCAACUUCAUAUCCAGCAGGGAGAAAAACCUGGUGGUCGCCGGGACUUCUCAACUGUUUGUUUACAGGAUCAUCCAUGAUGUGGAGAGUACUUCAUCUUCGGACAAGUCGUCUGAUGCCAAAACCCGUAAGGAGAAGCUGGAGCAGGUGGCGUCCUUUUCUCUCUUUGGCAACGUCAUGUCCAUGGCCAGCGUGCAGCUCACAGGAGCCAGCAAAGACGCCCUCCUCCUCAGCUUCAAAGAUGCAAAGCUGUCAGUCGUUGAGUACGAUCCUGGGACGCAUGACCUGAAGACGCUUUCUCUGCAUUACUUUGAGGAACCAGAGCUCAGAGACGGCUUUGUCCAGAACGUGCACAUCCCCAUCGUUCGCGUGGAUCCAGAGAACCGCUGUGCCGUGAUGCUUAUUUACGGCACCAAACUCGUGGUGCUUCCGUUCCGGAAAGACACGCUGUCGGAUGAGCAGGAGGGCGGAGUCGGAGAGGGACCCAAAUCCAGCUUCCUGCCCAGCUACAUCAUAGAUGUUCGGGAGCUGGAUGAGAAGCUGCUGAACAUCAUUGACAUGAAGUUCCUUCAUGGUUACUAUGAGCCCACGCUGCUGAUUCUGUUUGAGCCCAACCAGACGUGGCCUGGGCGUGUAGCCGUUCGUCAGGACACCUGCAGCAUCGUGGCCAUCUCCCUCAACAUCAUGCAGAAGGUUCAUCCAGUCAUUUGGUCUCUCAGUAACCUGCCCUUUGACUGCACGCAGGUCAUGGCCGUCCCCAAACCCAUCGGAGGUGUGGUGGUGUUUGCUGUCAACUCAAUGUUGUAUCUGAACCAAAGUGUCCCGCCGUACGGAGUCUCUCUGAACUCCCAGACCAACGGGACCACGUCCUUCCCGUUGCGCGUGCAGGAGGAGGUGAAGAUCACGCUAGACUGCUGUCAGUCUGAUUUCAUAGCUUAUGACAAGAUGGUCAUCUCCCUGAAAGGAGGGGAAAUUUACGUGUUGACCCUCAUAACAGACGGCAUGAGGAGCGUGCGCGCGUUUCACUUUGACAAAGCUGCAGCCAGCGUCCUGACGACCUGUAUGGUGACGAUAGAGCCCGGCUACCUGUUUUUGGGAUCCCGUCUGGGAAACUCUCUGCUCCUGAAGUACACGGAGAAGCUGCAGGAGGCGCCUGCAGAGGACAAGCAGGACAAAGAGAAACAGGAGGAACCCCCCAACAAGAAGAAGCGGGUGGAGUCUUCCACCAACUGGACAGGUGCGUUCACUGGGAAACUUUCUGUGUGUGGUUCUGCAGACUGCUCUACUUCAGAUUUCUUUGUCUCGUCAGAUGAGGUGGAUGAAAUCGAGGUGUAUGGAAGUGAGGCCCAGUCAGGCACUCAGCUGGCCACCUUCUCCUUUGAGGUGUGCGACAGCAUACUCAACAUUGGACCUUGUGCGAACGCUUCCAUGGGUGAACCUGCUUUUCUUUCUGAAGAGUUUCAGAGCAACCCUGAACCCGACCUGGAGAUCGUUGUUUGCUCUGGCUAUGGCAAAAACGGAGCUCUGUCCGUCUUGCAGAGGAGCAUUCGACCCCAAGUAGUCACUACAUUUGAGCUGCCAGGUUGUCAUGACAUGUGGACGGUGAUCUCAGGUGACGAUAAGAAGAAUGGUAAAACGGAGGAGUCAGAGGACGGAGGGAAAGUGGAGACUGAAGAAGAGAAUGAAGGAGGGGAAAAAAAGGAAGCAGACACGGAGAAGAAAGAAGAGCAGGAGAAGGCAGAGCCUCCUCUGGAAGAUGAUGCAAAGAAGCACGGCUUCCUCAUUCUGAGCAGAGAAGAUUCAACCAUGAUCCUGCAGACCGGUCAGGAGAUCAUGGAGCUGGACACCAGCGGCUUUGCCACUCAGGGACCCACCGUGUUUGCUGGAAACAUCGGGGACAACCAGUACAUCAUCCAGGUCUCCCCCAUGGGACUUCGGCUUCUGGAAGGAGUGAAACAACUUCACUUCAUCCCAGUGGAUCUGGGAUCUCCCAUAGUCCAUUGCUCUGUGGCUGACCCGUAUGUCAUUAUUAUGACCGCUGAGGGCGUGGUCACCAUGUUUGUGCUGAAGAGUGACACCUACAUGGGGAAAACACACCGACUGGCUCUGCAGAAACCUCAGAUUUCCACACAAUCUCGAGUGAUCGCUCUGUGCGCAUACCGAGACGUCAGCGGGAUGUUCACCACAGAAAACAAAGCCAGCUGCUCCACCAAAGAGGACAGCCUCCUGAGGAGCAACUCAGAGGCAGAGACCAUCUACCAGGACAUCAGCAACACCGUGGACGAUGAAGAGGAGAUGCUGUACGGCGACUCCAGCACCAGCAGCACAGCCGCUAAAGAGGAAACGAGCCGCAGCUCUGCAGCAACAGCGCCCUCUGGGGCUGAUGGGGGUGUGGUCAAAGCUGAGCCCACCCACUGGUGCGUGCUGAUCCGGGAGAACGGCGUGAUGGAGAUUUACCAGUUGCCAGACUGGCGGCUGGUCUUCCUGGUGAAGAACUUCCCAGUUGGCCAGAGGGUGCUGGUGGACAGCUCGUCUGGACAGUCAGCGGCACAGGGAGAGGGGAAAAAGGAGGAAGUCACUCGGCAGGGAGAGAUCCCGCUGGUCAAAGAGGUGGCUUUGGUUGCUCUCGGCAACAAUCGCAGCCGGCCGUAUCUGCUGGUCCACGUGGAGCAUGAACUUCUGAUCUACGAAGCUUUCCCGUACGACCAGCAGCAGCCACAGAACAACCUGAAAGUCCGCUUCAAAAAGGUACCCCACAGCAUUAACUUCAGAGAGAAGAAAUCCAAGCUGAAGAAGGACAAGAAGGCGGAGAGCGGAGGUCCUGAGGAAAACGUGGCUGUGAAGAGCCGGAUUGCCAGGUUCCGGUACUUUGAGGACAUCUCUGGAUACUCGGGGGUGUUCAUCUGUGGCCCUUCCCCCCACUGGAUGUUGAUCACCUCUCGAGGAGGGCUGAGGCUUCACCCCAUGACCAUCGAUGGAGCCAUCGAGUCCUUCUCCCCCUUUCACAACAUCAACUGCCCCAAAGGCUUCCUCUACUUCAACAAACAGGGGGAGCUCAGGAUCAGCGUCCUUCCCACCUACCUGUCCUACGAUGCCCCCUGGCCUGUGAGAAAAAUCCCUCUGAGGUGCACCGUGCAUUUCGUCUCGUAUCACGUGGAGUCCAAGGUGUACGCCGUGUGCACGAGCGUGAAAGAACUGUGCACUCGCAUCCCCAGGAUGACCGGAGAGGAGAAAGAGUUCGAAAAUAUUGAAAGAGAUGAGCGUUACAUCAACCCUCUGCAGGAGAAGUUCUCCAUCCAGCUGAUCUCUCCAGUGAGCUGGGAGACCAUUCCCAACACCAGGAUCGACCUGGAUGAGUGGGAGCAUGUGACCUGCAUGAAGACGGUGGCACUAAGGAGCCAGGAGACGGUGUCUGGACUGAAGGGCUACAUUGCAGCGGGGACCUGCGUGUUGCAGGGGGAGGAGGUCACAUGCAGGGGCAGGAUCGUGAUCCUGGACGUGAUCGAGGUGGUUCCAGAGCCGGGCCAGCCUCUCACCAAGAACAAGUUCAAAAUUCUGUAUGAGAAGGAGCAGAAGGGCCCGGUGACGGCGCUGUGCCACUGCCAUGGGUACCUGGUGUCAGCCAUCGGACAAAAGAUCUUCCUGUGGGUCCUGAAGGACAACGACCUGACGGGCAUGGCCUUCAUCGACACGCAGCUCUACAUCCACCAGAUGAUCAGCAUCAAGAACUUCAUCCUGGCAGCUGACGUGAUGAAGAGCAUCUCGCUGCUGCGCUACCAGGAGGAAAGCAAGACGCUGUCGCUGGUCAGCAGGGAUGCAAAGCCGCUGGAGGUUUACAGUAUUGAGUUCAUGGUGGACAACAACCAGCUAGGAUUCCUGGUUUCGGAUCGAGACAAGAACCUCUUUGUCUACAUGUAUUUACCUGAAGCUAAAGAGAGUUUCGGGGGCAUGAGGCUGCUGAGGCGCGCUGAUUUUAACGCCGGAGCGCACAUCAACUCUCUGUGGAGGAUGCCGUGCAGAGGAGCGCUGGACGCCGGCAGCAAGAAGGCACUCACCUGGGACAACAAGCACAUCACCUGGUUUGCGACGCUGGACGGAGGUAUCGGGCUGCUCCUCCCCAUGCAGGAGAAGACGUACCGUCGUCUGCUGAUGCUGCAGAACGCUCUGACCACUAUGCUGCCUCAUCACGCUGGCCUCAACCCCAAAGCCUUCAGAAUGAUGCACAGCAACAGGCGAAGCCUGCAGAACGCCGUGAAGAACAUCCUGGACGGAGAGCUCCUCACCAAGUACCUGUACCUCAGUACUAUGGAGCGUAGCGAGCUGGCCAAGAAGAUCGGCACCACGCAGGACAUCAUCCUGGAUGACCUUCUGGAAAUGGACCGAGUGACGGCUCAUUUCUGAAAGCUGUUUCCACAUCAGCCAGUAUUUUCUUACGUCCAGCUCCUUCCUGUUUUCCUAAAAUCUUUUGUAAUAAAAACUAAACUGAG